CGGUCGUUCGGUAAUCGGUAACGUCAACGUCAGGGUUGACAACGACCGAUUCGGUUAACGGUUACGUUACGUAACCGUUAACCGUAACCGGCGUAACCUCACAUCUCUGAAUUUGAAUAGGGCAUUUCAACAUGCUGUCAAAAUUAAUUCCAUCUCACAGCUGGGAGGCACACUUAGUCCUGGGAGGCACACUUGCUGGAUACUUGUCAAGGCCAUAUAGCCUAAAAAAAAUUAUAUAAGAAGAAAAAGUGAGGUUAUGUUAUUAAUUAAUUAUUAAAAUGCAGUACUGCAAGCAAAAUACAAUUAAUUAAAUUUAGUUUUAUAUAAUAAUUGCAUAUCAUAUCAAUAUUGUGGAGCAACCUUAGGAGAGGUAACGCGCUAUCUGUCUUUCAAGCAUCUUUCAAGCGAAAGUGAAGCCGAUUUUGACCGCGGUCCGCCAUUCGUUUGGUGCCCACCUGAGACCUGAGGUUUGACACCACUUGUUUUAUUUUUUAUUAGUAAUUUCUGAGUGAAAACUAGCAUAUUUUUAACUCUUUAAAAUGGUGAUGUGUUCGUCUUACGGUUGUAAAAGCAACAGCAGAAGGAAGGAAGUGGGAGUUACAUUUCACAGGUUUCCAAAAGAAGAAGCAAAAAGAAGUCUAUGGAUUGAAAAUAUGAAAAAUAAAAACUUUACACCCACAAAAAACUACAGAAUCUGCUCGAAACACUUUGAAGAUAUUUUUUUUUAUGAAACUACCACAGGAAAAACUAAAUUGUUGGAUCAAGCAGUACCAACUCUAUUUAUUGAGUUGCCAAAAAGUGUGCAGCCAAAAGGAGAACUUCGAAAGAUGCCUGCCAAAUGUUCGAUUCCGAAUUGUACCAGCAAUUAUGCUUCCACCUAUGAAGGGUAUGUUAGUGUUUUCAAAUAUCCUCGAGAUAAUGAUGUAAGACAACAAUGGCUAAAAAGUAUCCCUCGAAAGAAUUGGGAACCCUCACAUAAUUCAGUGGUUUGUGUGAAACAUUUUUGUGAAGACGACCUUCUAUUUUAUGAUACUUAUAAAGAUAAGGAUGGUGUGUUAAAGUCUUAUCCAAGAUUAAGGCCUACUCUGAGAGAAGGUGCUGUUCCAAAAAUAUUUCCAGGAUCAAAAGAUUGGGCAAAGCAAAAAGAUUGGGCAAAGCCAAAAGAUGGUGCUGAAACAAGCAGUCUCGUGAAAAGACCUGGAUCCUAUAGGAAGCAAUUGAAACCUGGUGUAUUUCAUGGAUGGUGUCCAGAGUAUCAGCCAAAACCAAAAAAGUUGAAGAUAAGUGAUGUCCAAAAUGGAGAGAAGAAGAACGUCCAGGAGUUGAAUACUUUGAUAGAAAAUGAUACUGUUGAUGCCGCUAUAAAUAGUCAGAAGGACCUUGUUGGUACUACAAUAAAAACCUCAAUUGAAGACCAAGAUAUUCUAAGUGACCUUAACCUAAUAUCAAAGCUUACACAGGAUAAUUCAAAUAUCGAGAUUGAGAUUGAAACAGACACACCAGGGCAAAGAUCUUUUAAACCAAAAUCUGUGAAACUUAUAGUGAUUAAAGAUCUAAGUGUACCAUUAAUUAAAGUUGAUGCUUUAGAAGAAUAUUGUAAUAGAUUGAGCCAAGAAAAUAAGAAUCUUAAGGAGAUUUUAAAGGAAUUACCGAAACAGUCUUCUAGUUUACCGUCUCUGACGGAUAAUACAGGAAAAAAAAACUAUUUUUUAGAUACCUCAAUUGAAAACCAAGAGAUCCUAACUUAUCUAAACCUAAAAUCCAAACGUACACGGCAUAAUUCAAAUAUCAAGAUUGAACCAAGCGCACCAAAAUAUAGAUCUUAUAAUCCUCAACGCGUGAAAGAUAUAUUGCUUAAAGAUCGAAGUCUACCAAUAAUUAAAGUAAAUGCUCUAGAAGAUAAGUGUAAUAGAUUGAUCCAGAAAAAUAAGAAUCUUAAACAGAAGUUAAAGAAAUUACAGAAAGAGUCUGCUAGUUUACCGUCUCUAACGGAUAAUACAGGAAUAGAUAGAUUCAUUGAAGACCAAGAGAUCGAAAGAAGCUUAAGCAUAAUACCAAAACUUACGAAGAAUAAUUCAAAUAUCGAGAUUGAAAGAAGCUUAAGCGUCACACCCAAAUUGACGGAGGAUAAUUCAAAUAUCGAGAUUGACAUUGAACUAAAAAUACCAGAACACGUAUCUUAUAAACCUCAACCUGUGAAAGCUCAAGAGUCUAAGAAUAUUGUGGAAGAGUCUCUAAAAGAAUAUUGUAAAAGAUUGAGUGAGGAAAAUAAGAAUCUUAAGGAGAAGUUAAGGAAAUUAGAGAAUCAGUCUGCUAGUUUACCAUCUCAAACAAAUAAUACAGGAACUGAUACACAACCAAGGGACAUUAUAGAUUUGAGAGAUAUUAGAGACGUAUGCCGAACUUGCUUAUUGAAAUCUAAAAAUCUAACGCAUAUUAACGACAAGAUUACUUUACCAAGUCCACAAUCAACUUGCUUAUUAAAAUCUAAUAAUCUAAAGCAUAUUAAUGACAAGAUUACUUUACCAAUUGCACAAACAACUGAGAUAAUGAUAUCGAAAGCUCUCGAGUCAAUAUUGUCUACUCCAGUUGAAGUCUCCGACAAUGUUCCGAAUCAAAUCUGUGAGACCUGCAAAAACCAAAUAAUUUUCUUAGCUACAAUUCGAUGUGCCUUCGAAAAGGCCAAUGCCAUUUUACAGUUCCAUUCUACUGAUCGUCUGCAAAAGAAAGCAAUCAACAAACAAAACACUAGUGAGAAAGAUGAUACUGAAAUCAAUAUUUCACCACAAUGCAAAGUGGAAGAAGAAGAUCUAUUUGAAGAAACUUUAAAUGAUCUGCAUAGUCCGGAACAAAUUGAUUGUGAAUUGGUAGACAAUGUCGAUGAAGAUCUGGUUUCUGGUGAUGAUCCUCUUGAAUUUGAUAACAGCGUAGCCAAUGUAUCGGAAGUGGAUCCACUGCUACUACAACCAGACAUUACCGUCGAAGAAGCUAGACCCAAGUCUUCAAAAUAUUCAAAAACACGAAAAUUCAAAAGUCUUAUUAGCCACACAUGUCCAAUCUGCUGCACGGUCCUAUCUCUAGCUGAUUUUAUUCCACACGUCAAAGGCCACAAGGUGCUGCAAAAGAACUUACGCGUUCCAAAGAACAUACUUAAAGGUCCAUACCGAGCCUCUCCUAGCGUUGAUAAGGGUUUGUUGAGUGGCGAGGGGGAAAUAUUGCAUAGCUGUCACGUCUGCCAGAAGCAGUUGAAAGCCGUUGAAUGUAUCACUCACUUGAGUCAGCAUCUUGCUGCCGAUCAGUCCGUUUGUGAUAAGUGUGGUAGAGUUUUUAAGAAUAAGAAGGUAUUAUUGUCACAUAUGGCAGUUCAUAAUGAUGAUCGUCCGUACAAAUGCACAUUUUGCCACCAAAGCGUCACGAGAUCAGAAAGCCUUAAGAGCCACGUUUGUACGAACCCCGGUUCUUAUAGAUGUAAGUACUGUCAGAAGUUGUUUGAGACUGCGGCUGCUCGGACUACACAUAUUAGUUCGGUUCACAAUUCCGCUAAGCACAUUCCCGGCUUUUGCAGGAAAUGCAACGUUGCCGUUAUGGAUUUGAGUACCCAUAGGAUAUCGAAGCACCCUACGACGAAACACCUGUGCACUGUAUGUGGGUCUUACGUUUGGAACAUUGACGUGCACAUGCAUAAACACAGAACGCGCUAAGGAUCCUCCACCAAUCACUGUCCCAUUUGCUGUAAGCAGUUUUACCACCGCUACGUACUGAACAAGCACGUCCUGAUCCAUGGCGGUAAAAAAAACCAUAUUAUGUAGUCCCUGCUCAAAUUAUUAGACUCACCCUAUAAA